UGGACCUGUUUAUUAAUCUACAGCUGCUGGAAUCGAGUUGUCGCUCUGCUCCAGUCCGCCAGGUGGCGGUAACGCGCUGAGCAGCUGCUGCUCCAAAACCUCCAGGAAACCCCGAAGAACAGGGAGAGCGCCUCUGCAGGCGGAGUGAGUGAGUGAUGCGGCGGAGAAAAUUUCCUCCUCAUUAAAGCCCUGAUCAGAGUUUUACACACUUACAGUUCAGGAAUUAAAUCUCCUCAUUGGGUCUGUGUGCGGAUUUACAAACUCCGUCCAGCUUUUAAAGCCCUAAGACUCUGGUUGUAAUGAGUUCAGCAGGAGACACACCGCUCUGCUCCUCCACACCUCCUCAUCCACAGCUCUCACAGCCGGGCGACGAUGUCAAAUCCGAGGCUUCGUCCAGAGCGCCGGUGGUCCAUGUGAAGGAAGAGGAGACGCCCGAGCCGAACCCGUACAGCCACACGGACGAGUCCGACAACAUGCCUGAAGUGAUCGCUGUGAAAGAGGAAGAAACGGGGGAUGAAGACUUCCUCUACUGUGAACUUUGCAAAUCCUUCUUCUUUAAUAAGUGUGAGGUUCACGGUCCUGCGCUCUUCAUCCCUGAUACUCCCGUUCCCAUGGGGAUCGCAGACCGAGCCACACACACUCUUCCUCCUGGACUAGAGAUUGAGUCUGGUCUUCCUGAGGCAGGUCUGGGAGUGUUUAAUAAGGGAGACACUGUUCCAGUAGGUGCACACUUCGGACCCUAUCAGGGAGAGCUGGUGGACCGAGAGGAAGCUCUGAGCAGUGGAUACUCCUGGGUGAUCUACAGGAAUAGGAAUGGUGAGGAAUACGUAGAUGGCAGAAGAGAGAUUCAUGCAAACUGGAUGCGGUAUGUGAAUUGCGCUCGAAAUGAAGAUGAGCAGAACCUCGUGGCUUUUAUGUAUCACGGAGGGAUUCUGUACCGUUGCUCUCGACCCAUCAACCCAGGUCAGGAGCUCCUGGUGUGGUAUGAAGAGGAGUACGCCCGAAAUCUAGGACAUACUUUUGAUCGCCUCUGGAACAAAAAGUCCUCUGCAAACGAAACAAGCAAAGCUACGAGUCAGCUUUUCUCCUGCUCGCUGUGUCCACUUUAUUAUACGUCUCAAACUUAUCUCAACAAACACAUCCAGAGCUUCCACCCUGAGGAGUAUCUGAAACAGCAGGUUUCAGGAGAGAGUCCGAUGCCAGCAAACAGCUCCGUUGCUGAAACCUCUGCUGCUCUCAGAUUUAACACGCCACAGAAGGAAACCGGCAUGUGCUCAGGCAGGGGAAACGGUCUGCCUCUGGAAACGUCCGAGUGCAGUCCAGCUGGAGAGACGCUGUAUCAGUGCUCGCAGUGCAGCAAGAGUUUCAACAAAAAGAGCAAUCUGAGAAAACACCAACGCAUUCACACUGGAGAAAAACCGUAUCACUGCUCACAGUGCGAAAAGAGCUUCAUCCAAAAAAGUGACCUCCGGCAACACCUGAGAAUUCACACCGGGGAGAAGCCGUACCACUGCUCGCAGUGCAGCAAGAGCUUCACCCAUCAGAGCCAUCUCCAGCUUCACCAGCGCAUUCACACCGGAGAGAAACCCUACCACUGCUCGGAGUGUGGAAAGCGGUUCAAUCAGAAGAGCAAUCUCCACGUCCAUCAGCGCAUUCACACCGGAGAGAAACCCUACCACUGCUCGCACUGUGGGAAGAACUUCACCCUCCAGAGUCACCUCCACGUCCACCAGCGCAUUCACACCGGAGAGAAGCCCUACCACUGCUCUCAGUGUGGAAAGAGCUUCACUCACCAGAGCCAUCUCCAGAGACAUCAGCGCACUCACACGGGACAGAAACCAUAUCAGUGCUCACAAUGCGGCAAGAGUUUCAAUCACCAGAGCCAUCUCCAGCGGCAUCAGCGCACUCACACCGGAGAGAAGCCCUACCACUGCUCGGAGUGUGGGAAGAGCUUCUCUCAGCAGAGUACUCUCCAGCUACACCAGCGUAUUCACACCGGAGAGAAACCCUACCACUGCUCCAGGUGUGAGAAGAGAUUCACUUACUCACUUACAUUCAAGACUCACAAGUGCACAAACACAGACCCGUUACAUUAUUUAAAUUAUUUGUCUAAUUGAAUCUCGUUACUUUCUUGGUGUGAUACGAGGUGGUGUUCAAACCUUUCGAGACUAAUGGUGUACCUGGUGCUGUUCUGACCACGUCUGUGAUUAGAAGAGGACUAUUUUGAAGGUGAUCGUUUGGAAACGUAGAUAAAUAAAGUACUUUUGUCUCGAAACUUUUUGAUA